AGGUGUUGCCCACCAACCCUGAGGAGAGCUGGCAGGUGUACAGCUCCGCCCAGGACAGCGAGGGCAGGUGUAUCUGCACAGUGGUCGCCCCCCAGCAGACCAUGUGUUCGCGGGAUGCCCGCACGAGACAGCUGAGGCAGCUCCUGGAGAAGGUGCAGAACAUGUCCCAGUCCAUCGAGGUCCUGGACCGGCGGACUCAGAGGGACUUGCAGUACGUGGAGAAGAUGGAGAACCAGAUGAAAGGGCUGGAGUCCAAGUUCAAGCAGGUGGAGGAGAGUCACAAGCAACACCUGGCCAGGCAGUUCAAGGCAAUAAAAGCGAAAAUGGAUGAACUUAGGCCUUUGAUACCUGUGUUGGAAGAGUACAAGGCCGAUGCCAAAUUGGUUUUGCAGUUUAAGGAGGAGGUCCAGAAUCUGACGUCAGUGCUUAACGAACUGCAGGAGGAGAUUGGAGCCUAUGACUACGAUGAACUGCAGAGCAGAGUGUCCAGUCUCGAGGAGAGGCUCCGUGCGUGCAUGCAAAAGCUAGCCUGUGGCAAGCUGACGGGCAUAAGUGACCCCGUGACCAUCAAGACCUCCGGCUCGAGGUUCGGGUCCUGGAUGACGGACCCCCUGGCCCCAGAAGGUGAUAACAGGGUCUGGUACAUGGACGGCUACCACAACAACCGCUUCGUCCGCGAGUACAAGUCCAUGAGCGACUUCAUGAGCACGGACAACUUCACGUCACACCGCCUGCCGCACCCCUGGUCCGGCACGGGGCAGGUGGUGUACAACGGCUCCAUCUACUUCAACAAGUUCCAGAGCCACAUCGUCAUCCGGUUCGACCUGAAGACAGAGACCAUCCUCAAGACGCGCAGCCUGGACUACGCCGGCUACAACAACAUGUACCACUACGCCUGGGGCGGCCACUCGGACAUCGACCUCAUGGCAGACGAGAACGGGCUGUGGGCCGUCUACGCCACCAACCAGAACGCCGGCAACAUCGUGAUCAGCAAGCUGGACCCCGUGUCGUUGCAGGUGCUGCAGAGUUGGAACACAAGCUACCCCAAGCGCAGCGCGGGCGAGGCCUUCAUCAUCUGCGGGACCCUGUACGUCACCAACGGCUACUCGGGGGGCACCAAGGUGCACUACGCCUACCAGACCAACGCCUCCACCUACGAGUACAUCGACAUCCCCUUCCAGAACAAGUACUCCCACAUCUCCAUGCUGGACUACAACCCCAGGGACCGCGCCCUGUACGCCUGGAACAACGGCCACCAGAUCCUCUACAAUGUCACCCUCUUCCACGUCAUCCGGUCCGACGAGUUGUAGGGGCCCCCGCCCGGAGGCCGAGCGGCCGGGUCGUCCCCCACGUGGGCCUUCCCGGGAAGCAGCUGCCGGAACGAAUACCGACGACAGUAGUCCUACCAAGCGUGAAACUCAUCAGCAUCGUGGGGCCCGGGGUCGCUGAGGCCGUGACCCCCGAGUCUCUCCGGCUCGGGCCGGAGGCCGGCGGAUUUGGGAAGAAACCCGUCUUUGCAGCUGGAACUGCAGCCCAGGGC